GAAGAUGAGGCUAGCUGCUCACUUGUGCUGGCUGAGCUCAGCCGUCCUGUUUGCUCAGAGCGUCCUGGUUGUGGCAGACAAUGAAACGGAGGAAGUGAGAGAUGAGACCUUGCAGGAUGCCUGCCAUGUGAAGCUGGAGAGCCGAGAGAAAUGUGAGAGAGGAGAAUGCCCCUUCCAGGUGAGCCUGCCCCCUCUGACUCUUCAGCUCCCAAAGCAUUUCAGCAGGAUUGAGGAGGUGUUCAAAGAAGUGCAGAACCUCAAAGAAAUGGUAAAUAACAUGAAGAAAUCUUGCCAAGACUGUAGAUUGCAGGCUGAUGACAGUGGAGACCCUGGUAGGAGUGGACUGCUGGAACCCAGUACUGAAACCCCGGGAGAGGUUGCUGACAAGAAAGUAAGAGAAUUAGAGAGUGAGGUUAACAAGCUGUCCUCUGACCUGAAGAAUGCAAAAGAAGAGAUCAAUGGGCUUCAAGGUCGCCUGGAGAAGCUGAAUCUCAUCAAUAUGAACAAUGUAGAAAACUAUGUUGACAGAAAAGUGGCCAAUCUAACAUUUGUUGUCAAUAGUUUGGAUGGCAAAUGUUCAUCCAAGUGUUCUAGCCAAGAAGAAAUACAAUCACGUCCAGUCCAACAUCUAAUCUAUAAAGAUUGCUCGGACUACCAUGCAAUAGGCAAAAGAAGCAGUGAGACCUACAGAGUUACACCUGAUCCCAAAUACAGUAGCUUCGAAGUUUACUGUGACAUGGAGACCAUGGGGGGAGGCUGGACAGUACUGCAGGCACGUCUCGAUGGAAGCACCAACUUCAACAGAACAUGGCAAGACUACAAAGUAGGCUUUGGAAAUCUCAGAAGAGAAUUUUGGCUGGGCAAUGAUAAAAUCCAUCUUCUGACCAAGAGUAAAGACAUGAUUCUGAGAAUAGAUCUUGAAGACUUCAGUGGUAUUAAACUAUACGCCUUGUAUGAUCAGUUUUAUGUGGCUAACGAGUUUCUGAAAUACCGUGUACACAUUGGUAACUACAAUGGCACAGCCGGAGAUGCCUUACAUUUCAGUAAGCACUAUAACCAUGAUAUGAAAUUUUUUACCACACCAGAUAGAGAUAACGAUCGGUAUCCCUCUGGGAACUGUGGGCUCUUCUAUAGUUCAGGUUGGUGGUUUGAUGCGUGUAUUUCUGCUAACUUAAAUGGCAAAUAUUAUCAUCAAAAAUAUAGAGGUGUCCGGAAUGGGAUUUUCUGGGGCACUUGGCCUGGUAUAAAUGAGGCACAACCUGGUGGCUACAAGUUCUCCUUCAAAGAGGCCAAAAUGAUGAUUAGACCCAAAAACUUUAAGCCGUAA